CAAAGGUCAGGGGUGCAGGCCAAUCAUCAGGCUGACACGGACUCGCCAGACUCCGUCGGGGUAGGAUGUAGGGAUGAUCCCGGUUCCGCGCUUUAAGGGUCAGCCGCAGCUGUGGCAGAUGAACGCGGAGCCGCCUCCGUGGGUAUGGAUGAUCCCCGGCGGCUCUGGACUGUGCCGCGUGCAGGGUGCCAGCGUUCCUGCGCCUCUGCUGCUCUCCGCUCGCCCACCACAGCUGCUGCAGGGGCUCUCGAGCUGGCAGCUGUCCUGUGAUCCACUCUCGGUCCCUUUCAUACGGAUUCCUCCAGCGGCAGAGCCAGCCAUCAACCAGUUCCCACUUCCAAAUGUCCAGUUCGAUCUGCCAUCAAGGCCACAUGUUUUGGGAUUCCAGCCGUCUGCGAGUGUGGAGUUGGUGCCUGUGUUUCCCCGCGUGUACCGCACCGUCCUCCACCCGCACCUCAGGAAGGGCUGGGUCGAGAAGAGGAGGCUCCCAGAAUAUAAGGUCUACCUGAACAAUACUUUGGCUCUGGAGACCACCUGGUUCGCUCCUGAAGAAAUGGGAAUUUUCCAGCAGCAAGAGAAGCCUGUGCUGGUGACAAAUCAAAUGGCAAUGAGGAUAUCUAGGCCAAACACUGCCUCCAGGAACCUCCACACGCUGCUGGUGUCACCGCGACGCAUAUCAGGCUGUCCGGUGGCCAUUAAGCGCGUGCGGAGCAGCAACAAGAGGAUGGCCCUGGCAGCGGCCGCCAUGAUGGCCAUGGAGUCAGACGUGGCCCAGGGCCCCUCGACCUCCUCCGCCCACCCCCUCCACCUCCUCUCCCUCACGCCCAUCAAGAUCCCCCUCCUGACAGCUCACAGGCCAGUGCACGAGCAAAUGGGCACUGAGCUAAAACAGCAGACUGUGCAUCUGUGA